GUGUCAUCAUACCCUGGAUCAAGCUGACAAACAAGACUUUAUACAACGUUGUCACAGUUUCUUCUCUCCCUCAAGUGUCACCUCAGCAGAAGCAAGUUAUUGAACCUCCCUUUCUCUCCCUCCCUCACUUCUCAGUGUUCUCCAGGCGAGCACACAGCCAGCUUCAACUUCACAGCAAGAGCAGAGCAUAUCAGGUUUCUACAGGACCUAAAGACUCACACGCCCCUCACUGAAUUACUGGAGAUCAGAUCAGCGCGACUCUCCUUAUCUGUGUGGCCAAGGAAGAGCCAUGAGGUGAUCACUCUGUUUGUCCAGCCAACAAUCUUUCUCCACUUGUAGACAUGGGAUUUUGUGAGAGCGUGAAGGCUCGGAGGGGGCAGGGCAGCGCGGCCACGGUGGUGCUGCUGCUGCGGCUCAGCCUAGCCCAGUCUGUCCCCCCACAUACGGUCUGUCCUGCAGCUGCGGCCCCACAUAGCCUCACCCAGCCCCAGUACCAGCACACAGAAGAGGACGCCAGUGUGGGCUUCAUGGCAGCUCUGGUCCAGUCCUUCCUCCACACAGUCCAGCCUAACCCCUUUCCUAAAGAUAUGAUCCUGAAAAUAGUAAAAAAUUUUGAAAUACAGUUAAAUCAAGAAAUCAUCAAUGAAGCCCUGGUGUAUGAAGUGGGGUUCGUGGUGUGUGCAGCCAUUGGCGUCCUGUACAUCGUUCUGAUGCCUAUAGUUGGUUUAUUGUUGGCGUGCUGUCGCUGCUGUGGCAACUGUGGUGGGAAGAUGUACCAGGAACAGACAUCCUCCACUCAAUGUCGCAGAAGAACUCUCUACUGGACCGGAUUUGUCACCACAGUCAUUCUCCUAGCUGGGAACAUAUGCAUGUUCAAAAGUAACGAAGCCAUCAAAGUGAGUGUGGACCAGAGUCAACUGGAGCUUAACAAAAGUAUAAACAACAUCCAAUCCUUCCUCACUGUUGUGCCUCAGCAAUUUGACUAUGUGGUGAAUGAGAGCUACAGAACCAUACAGCAGGUUUCCAGCCAUCUGGAUGACAUUGGACCUCAGUUGGGAACAGAGAUCAAGGCGCGAAUCAGAGGAACCGCGGACCGAGCACUGCACUCGGUUAAACUGCUGAACCAAGAUACUGAAAACACCAAUCUUCAACUGGAGGGUCUGAACUCAUCUUUGGCCCAGCUGCAGUCCAGCAUGGACCACCUCCAGGCCAACUUCACUGCGGUUAAAAAUCGAAUCAAUAGCACUUUAUCCAACCAAAACUGCAGUGGCUGUAACACUAAGAUACAGACCCUAACACUGGACACCUCCAUAACUAUUCCCAGCUUGAACGAGUUCCAGUCUGCAAUGGAUGGAAUCAACAGAGCUGAUCUCAAAUCCAAAAUCAUUGAGGUGGAGGGCUAUUUCAACAGCAUCCCCCAGAGCGUGACCAAUGCCACUAAGGAUGUAGUUCAAAGCAGCAAGCGGCUGUUAGGUAACAUAAAAACACAGAUCUCUCAGGUUACCAACGACAUCCCUUUAUCUGCUCUGACCAAUGUGUCAGAGAAGCUGAACCUGCUGCAGAGAGAAAUCAGCAAAGUCGCACCAGAUGUCGAGAGAGUCGAGCAUAUUAGAUGGGGAGUGUGUGUGGCCCUGUGCUGCGUGGUCCUUCUGGUGGUGGUGUGUAACUUCCUGGGUCUGGUCUUGGGCCCUCUGGGUCUGACACCCAAAGCAAACCCCACAAACCGCUCCUGCACAGCAGAUUGUGGAGGCACCUUCCUCAUGAUCGGUGCAGGUCUCAGCUUCCUCUUCUCAUGGCUGUUCAUGAUAGCUGUGCUGCUGCUGUUCCAGGUGGGCGGGAACGUUUACACUCUGCUCUGUCGGCCCUGGAGUGACGGACAACUGUUAAAGCUCAUUGAUACCCCAGGUGCAUUUCCAGGGUUGGAUAUAGGUGCAACUUUGGGAUUGAAAACCAACAUCAAUAUCUCUGAUAUCUAUAGAGACUGUGAGCAAAACCAGCCUGUGUGGACAACGCUCCACCUGUAUGAGCUCAUAAACCUUGAAGACCUGCUCAAUGUAACUAAAUACACAGAGCAGAUGCAGCAGCAGUUUGAGGAUGCAAACAUCACUCUGUCCGGCAUCACUAUCCUGACUCCUGAAGAUAAAAACCUGCUCAGACAAUUCUCCAGCAAUGCUACAAAUAUUGACUCCACUGCUGUCACGCAGCAGAUGAACAACAUUUCCAGCAUCAAUCUGAAUAAAACAGCAGAUAUACUUGAUCUGCUCGCUACCUUUCAACCCAACAAUGAUAUUCGAGAAGAGCUCCAAAAUGAGGCCAAGGCCCUGAGGCAAAUCCAGACCGAUAUAGAAACAAUCAUCAUCUCACAACUUGACAACCUGAACUCAACCAUCGGGAGACUUGUAUCCACAGCAGAAAAAAUGAAUGGAACAGUGGAGGAGGUGCUGAGCAACGUGGGAGCAGUACAAGACUUCCUCAAAACAAAUAUGACACAGAUUGUCAAGACCGAGAGCAGAAUGUUUGUGAACUGUCAGCUGGGUUACUUCAUUAAUUAUGCUAACUGGGCAAAUGUUACGAUCACACAGCAGGUGGGCCGCUGUAGGCCGGUGGCGGGAGCUGUGGACUCGGCUGAGAUCAUCCUCUGCUCUUACAUCGUGGAGACUCUGAAUGCAUUCUGGUUCAGUCUGGGCUGGUGCAUGAUCUUCUUCAUCCCCAGCAUAAUCUUUUCUAUCAAACUAGCAAAGUACUACAGGAGAAUGAAGUUUUCUGACGUCUACGAUAACAAGUUAAUUAUGCACCACAUCCCACGGGCCCAGAUGAAAAUCCCCUGAGAGGACGGCAUAUGUUGGUUACAGCUUUAAAUGACUGAGACACAUGGUGCACAUUGUCACUCUGGUUAAGUCUGAAAAAAAGAAAGAAAAGUCUCAUAAAAAGAAGAAAUGGUGAGGUUACUUAUUUCAAUUUUCACCAGAUGCAAAGCAACUGUAUUAGUGGAACCUCACAGUGUCACACCUCAGGACACAAGGGAAUCGGCAGGGAAUUUUUCACAAUUUAAAAUAAACCUCUCAAAGUGACUUAUUAUGUGACAUAAAUGUUUUGUACGUAUUUUUCUAUAUGAACUGAGCUACUGCUGGAUGGGUUGUAUAUUUCAAACUGGAAAGUACAUUUCUGUGAGUUAAUCACCUUUAAAUGCAGUGAUGUUUGUGUGCAGUGUUGAAUGCAGCAGAGCGUUACCGUGCCAACAGGCUUUUUAUAAUGUUCCAGCCUUUUGCUGCUAUGGUCUGGCCACCUCAUUCCAGCAUUGUGCAACAGUGUAGCUGCACAAACAAUACUUGUUAGUUAAAUUAAGUCAUUGUUGGAUUUGUACAACUAUAGAAUAUCAUAAUAUUUCCAGUGCAAAAACAGUUUUAAAAUCAAAUUCUUAAUCACAUUUGCACUAAUAUUGGAAAUGUAAGCACACAUUUUUGUAUGAAUGACGGAAACUGAAUGGAAAUGAUUGGAAUAACCGAUACAUACGGCCGCAAAGUUCAUCGUGAGUUUCUUUGCUUAAGAUUACGUUUGUACAUUUAGAUUUUCAACUGACGUGAUUCAUGAUUCCAUAAUGAUUAUUUUUGCACUUUGUACUGCUUUGUCCUCAGUAAUAGAUUGUGUUUUACAUUUCUGUUACACAGCACUUUAUAAAUCGUUAAUUUGGUCAAAGGGAUUGAGAUGUUGUGAACUAUUGUAAAUAAAUGGCCACUGAUCCACAAA